CCAGAAGUUGCGUCACUGCGCGGCGCCAGGGAUCGCCGGCAGCGUGGGGAGCGCAGCCAUGACCCGGUCCCGCCGGCAGCUGGAGGCGUCCCGCAAGAAGCGCGUCCAGGCCCGGCUCAAGAAGGACCCGGGGAUUCCCCAGCUCAGGCACUUGGUGCAGCAGCAGAGAAAAACCAGCCAAAAACGGGUGCUGCAGCUGCAGCAGAAUUCUCACCUGGCUGAACACCUGGCAGAUGCCCUGAGACGACAGCAGCACUUCCAGAGCCAGGAGAAGGAGGAGGAGGAGGAUGAGCCCCCCCAGCCCCCCCAGGACGAGCCGUCCCUGCGACAAUUCGGGCGGGAGCUGCGCAAGGUGCUGAAUGCAUCUGAUGUGGUGCUGGAGGUGUUGGAUGCCAGAGACCCCCAGGGCAGCCGCAGCCCCCAGCUGGAGGGGUCCCUGCGCCCCCAGCAGCGCCUGGUGCUCGUCCUCAACAAGAUUGAUCUGGUCCCCCGGGACGUGGUGGCCGCAUGGCUGAAGCAUCUCCGGGCCCAGUUCCCCACCGUGGCCUUCAAGGCGUGCACUCAGCAGCAGAGCAGGAACCUGAAGCAGAGCAGGCUGCCAGCAGCUGCAGCCCCCCAGGAGGUGCUGGCAGGGGGGGCCUGCGUGGGGGCCGAGAGCCUCCUGCACAUCCUGAGCAACUACGGGCGCUGCGGGGGCGGCAGGGGGUCCAUAACUGUGGGGGUCGUGGGGUACCCCAACGUGGGCAAGAGCAGCCUCAUCAACAGCCUGAAGCGCAGCCGCGCCUGCGGGGUGGGGGCCACGCCCGGGGUCACCAGGUGCCUGCAGGCCGUGCAGCUGGACCGGCACACGCGGCUGCUGGACUGCCCGGGGGUGCUGCUGGACUCGGGGUCCCCCCCGGCCGCCGCCCCCCUCGGGGGGGCCCUGAGCCCCCAGCGGCUGCGGGACCCCCUGGGCCCGGCCUGCGCCGUCCUGCGCCGCUGCCCCGCCCGCCAGCUCAGUGAGCAUUAUGGGGUGCCGCCCUGCGCUGACCCCCUGCAGUUCCUGGCCCAGCUGGCCCGCAGGCAGGGCCGGCUCCGCCCGGGGGGGCGGCCGGACACCAACGCUGCGGCCACGGCCCUGCUGAGGGACUGGAGCAGUGGCAAGAUCUCCUACUACACCCACCCCCCCAAAUCCCAGGGGGUGCAGCUGGAGUCCCAAAUCCUUCCAGCUCUGGGGCCAGCCCUGGACCUGGAGGCUCUGGAACGAGGUGAUGCCGAGGCCCUGGCAGCUGUCCCAGUGACGGUGACAGGGCUGGAGCUGUGCAGUCCUGAGGAGGAAGAGGAAGGAGAAGCCAUGGAGGAUGACAGCAGCGACCUGCAGCUGGGUUCAAUGACAGUGGAGCUCAAACCCCGGGUGAAAUCAGGAGGCACCGUGGGGGAGUCGCUGCCCCGAGCCCCAAAUCUGGAGGAAGUUGCUGCUCUGCCCCCUCUAUUCCAAGGGCAGGGGCUGCAGGCAGCUGGAAAAAGAAGGAAAAAACUACAAAAAAGAGCAGAGAAAAUCGCCACGAAGCUGUCGGAGACUCUGGAGGCGGCCAUGCAGUUCUAAAAUUGAAUAAAAAUAUUAUAUUUAACUUAAAAAAUGGUUAAAAGGGUUUUU